AUGGAUGACCUUUUGACCGCGGUAAAAACCGUUAAGCGGGAUUCCGGCUCCCCUUUGGUCGCUGCCGAGUCUCAAAGUCGCCAUGACGGUCCCAUGAGGCCCGCUCUCGAUCUUAAUCAAAAUAUAUCAUCAGAGCAAGCCAUAGAUGUGCUCAAGUCUCAUCCAUCACAAGAAGAGCUUUUAGCAGUUCUAGCUGCACUUGACCCAUUCAAUGCAUCCAGAGAGAUCCAAAGUAUCGAUAUUCGAGUCCCGGGUCCUACAACCGCCCAGAUCCUCCAUGUUUUAGUCAGCACCAUUGUGCCGGCGCAUUGGGCAUCACUGAAUGCAAAGGAGAAGCAAGCGAAAGAUACAAAGUCUCGUGCUGCUUUGUUAAGAUGCCUCAGCAGCGUGGCUGGUAUCGGUUCCCUUGUGGCCCAGCUCCGAUCCCUCAUCGCAACCGCUCGGGCUGCGGCCCUGCAGGCAGAAGGCUCGAGCAGCCCCAUUAUCAUUCGAGACUUGUUGUCUGUGAUUGCGGCUUUGUUAGAGCCAAAGGAUUUUCUCUAUCGUCUUUACACAGAUACAUCUUCUCUCUACGACAAUCGGACUGGACAGCAAGUUGCCUGGAGAGAAUUUGUCUCACUUGUGGCUGCUGGGAAAAUUCUCUCGACGGCAGCGGAGGCAUUUACAGUUUCCAAGGAGGCUGAAUUCCCAUCUUCGAUCACUUGGGUAGGUGACGGCCCUCGGUAUUCAUCGUGGCUGGGCAGCAAUAUUGCCCACAUGGUUUCGAAGCUCAAAGCAGAGAAAGAGGGAGAUUGGAGCUCAGUCGCUUUUCUCGCGGGGAGAGCGCUAAGCCUGGGUUAUUCUGAUCAAUUAGUCCGAGAGAUUUACUCGGGUCUACUCCUGGACCAGACAUGCUUAGGGCAAUUUGGGCGUCUUCUUGACAGCCUCAGACAGUCAGAGCAAAUUUCCGUGGUUGAGGCUAUCUUCCGUGAUAUUCAAAAACAUUACUUUAAAGAUGAUUUUGCUGGUAUAUUUCGUUCGCCAGCCGAAUCUCAGAGUGUCAUCGCGGGAGUGGCGGCGCUAUGCUCAGCUAUUAUUGGGGACCGUCCCUUCUUGAAGAGCCAGAUUUCAGAAUGGCUUUCAAAGAGCCAAGGAGGCUCCAUCCAGACAAUAGGAUUACGCCGAGCUCUUUUGGCCACCUACAGUGAUCGAAAUGAUGAGCUCGGUUCUUUGCUCGUGCGCAGUCUAGAGCAGUUCGGAGACAAGUUCUGUAUAAAACACGUUCCGAACGUCACACAGAACGCCAAUGCACAAGUUAUCCUUCUGGCAGCAGGUCGUCUGAACCAUCUUGAUUCGAAUCAAUUGAAUGACAUAGGCCGCACAGGAGCUUUUCUCAAUGCUGUCUCCAACCGAAUCGCGGCAUCUUCAACAAGAGCCCGAUUCCUCGGCAUGAUUAUUGGCACUGGAAUGUCAGAGCUCAUAGAAGAGCCCGGUAAGGCGAUGAAAUUCGACCUCGAAGAGAUGCGAAGUGAAGAAGCGCUUUGGUAUCUGAGUCUUAUCAAAGUCUGCGAUGAGCUUGGGUCGCCCGAGUCUAUCAAGUCGUUGCAGAAGCAGUCGACUGCACAGCAACCCGCUCAAGAAGCUCGCCCUCAUCAAUCCAAGAAGCCAAAGGCGCGGUCCAGCCGUCCUCAAACGAGCAAGAUUGUUGCCAUCGAAGAGAUCGUUGAUAGUGGCGAGGAAACAGACGAGGACUUGGAUCUCAUUCCAUAUGAAAAACCUGACGAUGACGCAGAGGAUGACGAUGAGGAUCCUACUCUUGUCCAACGAAACAAGGCAACAGCGCCUGUAUACAUCCGUGACCUGAUCAUAUAUCUUCGAGACACUGAGAAUAUGGAGCGUCACCACCUCGCCAUAACCACCGCCCCUUCUUUGAUCCGACGCAAGAUAGGAUUCGGCACCGAACUUGCCGAGCAAAUCGAGGAGCUAGCCCUCACCAUCGUGGGCCUUCAAAAUGACAAUAAUCAUCCGCAAUUCCACGAGUCUCGCCUUCAGAGUAUGAUUGCACUAAUCGUCUCGCAGCCACUGAAGAUGGGCCGCUGGUUUACUUCCAUCUUCUUCGAUGGGGACAUCUCUCAAGUUCAACGAUCUGCUGUCCUCACAGCUUUGGGUCUAAGUGCUCGUGAAGUCGCCGGGAAUGGUGAAGCCGAUGCCAAGGCAUUGGGUCUACCGGAUUUAAAGGACACUUCGUUCCCGUCCAAACGGCUAUCGCCUGCGUUGGAAUCUGUUUUCACGGGGGCUAACGAGUCUCCCAUUGCAAAACUCACCAGAGAAAUGUCGCGCACAUCGCUUCAGCCACUCGCGGCCGAUGCGGCGGACUCGCUCACCGGUCCCAACGUUUUGAAAGUGCGCACGUUCUCGUCACGCAUGGAAGUCGAGAAGCAGCGCAAACAGCGUGAGGCUGAGAGGCAGAAGUCGACUGUGAAAGAUCUGUACAAGGUGCUCGCCGAAGGGUUCUUUUAUCCGCUUCAAGGCCGGUUCGAGAUCAUGAUGCUGCAGUUCUCUUCAUCAUCCGCUCCCUCCUACAACCCUUUCUUCGUCCCCCAUAUCCUCACCCUUUUCCUCCAAACGCUCUCCCUCACCCUAUCCACAUCUGGACCUCAUACACCUUACCUACCAGCCCUGACUCAAGCGACCCUCUCCUUGCUCCUCGCACUCCACACAAGCCCAGUAUCAAGCGAACCGACCGUCACAGCAGCACUGUUGAAUAUUUUCCUCGCACUGGUGGACUUGAAUAUUGCCUCGGGUUCAAAUGGCGAAGAACGACUCGUCACCGAGCAUGCAACUCAAGUCAUCGAGCUACGCGAGUGGGCUUCGGGUGUCUUCGACCGCAUGCCAGCAGGCAAAUCAACCCCUGGCGCCCCUACCGAUCCACAGGAUCAAGUGCGAACACUCGCUGCUGGCGUGAUGGUUCGGCUUGGGGAGGUGAUCGAGCGGUACCAGGGUCGGUUGAUGGGCGUCAAUUCCGGAUUCAAAUACUAG